AUGAAAACUCUCAAUGGUCUAGAACUACAUCGUAGCCAUAUUUCAAGAACACUACCAUGGAAUCACAUAAACCCAAUUAUCCACCAUAAACCUAAAAUUACAAACGGGAAUCACAGGGUCAGAACUUACUGGAGGCUAAACGCGGAGGCAAAGGGCUUCAACAGGGCACCGGCUAAAGCUGAGGAUGCUGCGAAAGAAAGCAAAAUUAGAAGGAAGAAUGAAGCUGGUGAGGGUGACGAGAUACCAGAAGUGGUGCAGAAAAGGAUCAUAUCCAGAAUCUUGUCUUUUGUUGGGGUUCCUCUGGCCGUUGGGAUUGUUCUGCUGAAAGGUUUGGGGGCGGCGAAGCAGCAGAGUUGGUGGGAUGUGCCGUAUUGGUUACCAGUCUUGACUACUUUACUCACAUUUGGGGCAUCCACACUUGGAAUUGCUUAUGGCGCUUUGUCCUCCAGUUGGGAUGCCAAUAGAGAGGGAUCACUUUUUGGGUUUGAGGAAGCUGAGAAGAAUUGGGUUGAGAUUUGGAAGGAAGAAGAUGAUGCUUAG